UUCUUUUAACAGAAACGUCCUGGGUUUGUGAGCAGCUGCAGAGCAGGUAAGAGCCACCACAGUCUGACAUGGGGAGAGUUUGAGCAAAAAAAAAAAUUAAAAAAAAAAAUGUAGAAGCCAGCUGGCUAUAUAGCUCUGUCACCCGCGGCUGUAACACAGUAUUAAUGGGAAUUAAACAUUGCAUUAAAGUGUAACUAUUGAGAGCGACAGAGAUAAGCUGGGCGCAGACCGUGGCAGGGUUUGCUGCACAAAUAUUUGUUUCUGCCCUUCGCCUGCAGCGUGCGAGGGACGGGGUGCGGGUGCUUGCCCACCCCAGCCGUGGUUUUAAAAACUCCGGGCGCCCUUUGGCAGCUUGGGAGCGCGGCAGAGCUGUGGGUGCGACACCGGUCCCGGCGUGGCUUCUGCCGCUCGCCGGUCGUAGCAAGACGCCUGUCCCCGUGCCGUGGGCACCGCGCCGGGUGUGCUGGGCCCUCGCCUGGCCCUGGGGAGGGGGCAACGGGGGUCGCUUUGUGCAUUGGAACCGGGACGAGCGGAGGAUGCUUGUUCCCUGCGGUCCGUGGGUGAUGUCCUGGGCUGAGGGGUGUCUCCUCGGUGGCUUCGUCCCCCGGCAGCGGAGGGCAGACAGGCCGGGGCUGCAGGAGCGUGUUCCUGCUUGCGCCUCAGCCGUGUCCCCGCCGCAGCACGCUGCGAUGCUGCCAUCGUGUGAGUAGUCCACGAGCCGCGUGCCGGCCUUCCACCCAUCGCGGCGUCUCCGGCCGGGAGCGCUGCAGCCACCGUGGGAAACGCAGCGGACAGCGCAGCCGUCGCGGUGACCCUCGUGCCCGCCGCGGCUCCCCGCGGCCGAAGGCUUGCGUGUCCAGGUGACUUCUGCUGCCCAAAGCCAACGAACCCCCCGCAGCGCUCCCGGCUGAGAAGGAGACUUGCCCGUGCCUCGAAGACGAUGACAGCAGCCACUGUUUUUCUUGAAAGUGAAUUCUACUCUUGCUGCUUUGUGAGCACCAAGUCGAUGCUGGAAACGCCUUUCUGAGUCCUCGCCUGCGCAGCCCAGGGGAUGCGGCAGUACCUGACGGCAUCCUUUGCCAUGAGCAUCCCGCGUGGCCUUGGGGCAUCCCGCUCUGCUGAGCGACCGUCGUCCCUGCGACCGUCCCCCGCUUCAGCCCCGAUCGGCUUCCCGCUGCCCGAGCUGAUGCAGCCACGAGCACCGGCAGCGCCGCAGGCUGGGUUUGCUCCGCUCCAUCCAACCGGGACGCUGGAGCGGCGAUGAGGCCCCGUACCCAGGUUGCAGACGUGUACGUGCUUGAAAUGGCAGACGGCGACUUGGCACGGCGGUUAGACUGGUUGUACCGGAACCGCCGUCCUCUACGCCGCGUCCCGGCAGCCCCCAGGACGCCUGCUGCCUGCACCGCCUCGGAAGCCCGGUCCCGCGGAGAUGCCGGCAGGUCGCGUCCUCCCACCGGACACGUUCCAUCUGGUGGCUCUGCUGACCUGACUCAAGCGGACGGGCUUUUCCCCUUUCAGGACAAACCAUCUGGCCGCAGGGCUCGGGCUGGGCAGUCGCCACGCAGGAUCAGUGACAGUCUCUGUGUGAAGUGCAUUGUCCGUCCCCCCCCGCUGUCUCGCAGCUAACCUGCAGAGAAAACAAUUCCCCGCUAUAGCUGCCGACGGACGGAGCUGCUUGAGACGACAGCACAGCUCUUGAAAUCGGCCUUUGUAAAGAGAAGGAAGGUAUCGUGAGCAGGGAAGGGCAGCGCCGCCAUGCACCAGGAGGAGGAGCUGGGGCAGAGCUCGCCGCCUGCCGUGGGAGAGGACCGCACGCAUGCUAGCAAGCCUGCGCCCGUCCCAACCCGAGCCAUGCUGUAAGGUGGGGGCAGCCCGGCCGGCCGGCCAGCAGCAGGAGCGAUGGCCCAGUCUCGGGCCAACGGCUCGCACUAUGCCCUGACGGCGAUAGGGCUGGGGAUGCUCGUCCUCGGCAUCAUCAUGGCCGUCUGGAACCUCGUGCCCGGCUUCGGCCCCGCCGACAAACCCACCGCCCACGCCGGGAACAGCAGCAAGCCCGACCGCGGCACCGGGGGCAUUUUGAAGAGCAAGACCUUCUCAGUGGCGUACGUGUUGGUGGGGGCGGGCGUGCUGCUGCUGCUGCUUUCUAUCUGCCUGAAUAUCCGGGACAAGAAGAGGCAAAGCGAAGACAUCGCUUGCAUACAGCACCAGGCGUCUGCAGAGCCCUCGCACCAGGAGGACAGUCAAGAAGAGGACGAAGACGCGUCUUCCCAGUACUAUGUCCCCAGCUACGAGGAGGUGAUGAAUGCGGGCUACUCUGAGCCCAGAGACUUGGACAGGAGCAACAGGAUCAGCAUCUCCCUGCCCUCCUACGAGUCACUGGCGGGGCUCGACGAAAACACCCAGCCUCCGGGAGCCGUCGGCGUGGAGCCCGGCACGGAGCGGCAGCCCAGUCGGCACAACUCGCGCCUGAGCAAGCGCCUGAAGCCGCUGAAGGUCCGGAGGAUCAAGUCGGAGAAGCUGCACCUGAAGGACAUCAGGCUGAACCUGGCGGAGGGGAACAGCACCGCCCCUAUCACGAUAGAGCCGCUGACCCCUCCGCCCAAAUACGAGGAGAUCCAGGACAAAGUGCCAGAGAGCCAGCAAAUGACUUAAGAGGAAUCUGUGAUGCUGCUGGGUUGGUUUUUUGGUUUCUUUUGGGGUUUUUGUGGGUUUUGGGUUUUUUUUUGGUUUUGUUUUUUUUUUUAAAAAGGAAAACAACUGCGCUAAGAGGGGCUUGGUCUGCGGGCGCUGAAGCGGUCGGGGGUCCCUGGAAGCUGUGAUGUGGAGGACACAAAGGGUACGUAGUGCUGCGGCACAGCGACAGGACAAGUUUUCCCCGGGACAGGGUUUAACAAAAGACCGUGGGGACAGAAAGCUGAAUGCCGGUAGGUCUGCUGCUCUGAAGGAAAUGAAGGCUGGAAGUGCCGAAAAUGUAAUUUAUGGUGUUUUACAUAAGGACUAGCCAACGUAUCUUCUCUCCCCUUGCGCCAGCAAGACUUUUCCAAGCCACCAAACUGAUACCGAACAAGGAUUUUUUUCCAAGCGGAAAAGGGCAACGCUCCUUUUUUUUGGGUGCCUUUUUUUUCUACGUAAGGGAAACGGCGUUGCCAGAGCAGCGCUGCAGCUUUUCCCCGCUCCCGUCUGGGGCUGGGAUGGUGGCCAGCCCCAACUCCUGCCAAGGUCUGUGCUUGCUGGUGGGAAGUGGGCUGAAACGGGCCCUGUGCUCCUCGGGGAGAGGCUGGAUUUCUCGCCUGGGUUGCUUUCCACGUUGUGUUUUGCGCUCCGAUGCGACGGGGCGAUCCGUUUGAGGCAAGCGGAUAAAUCCAGGGGGAUGGGAGCCGAGUGCGCCGCUGCCAGGAGGUGCGCAGGGUGAAACGCCUGCCAAGCAUGCUGUGCGAGCAGACCUGUACUAAAUAAAUAUUUUGUACGCUG